AUGACCUGGUUGGUGAAGGAGCAGGACAUGACGAAUGAGGGGUGCCCCGUGGCGCAGCCCAGGUUGAGCAGGCGGCCCUCCGCCAGCACGAUGACGCCGUGGCCGUCGGGGAAGAUGAAGCGGUCGACCUGGGGCUUGAUGGUCUGGCGCGUGAUGCCCGGGUUCUCCAGCAGGCCGGCCAUGUCGAUCUCGUUGUCAAAGUGCCCAAUGUUGCCCACGAUGGCAUUGUUCUUCAUGGCGGCCAUGUGGCGGGCCAUGAUGAUGUCCUUGUUCCCCGUGGUGGUCACAAAGAUGUCGGCGGUGGACAGGCAGUCCUCCAGGGGCUGCACCUGGUACCCCUCCAUAGUGGCCUGGAGCGCGCAGAUGGGGUCGAUCUCCGCCACAAUCACGCGCGCGCCCGCGGCCUUCAUGGCGCUGGCGCAGCCCUUGCCCACGUCGCCGUAG